GGUAAAAACGCAGAAGGCAAUCCAGCUAAAGCCAAGCUAGGCGCGUCCGGGGAGGCAGUUGUCGCCGGACGCGUAAGAAUCGAAUCAAAAGUCGACAGCACAGACAUUGCAGAGGGUCUUGCGUGGUCGUGGUGAUUAGGAGCUGGGAAGGAUUCCUCCUCUGGAUUCCGGCGUGACAACAGAGAUGGCGGAAACAAAAGCGCAGCACAAGAAAAGGCAAGUGGCACUCCUCGUGGUAUUGUUGCUUUUGUGGGAGGUGGGCUCAGAAUCCAUGCAGUAUUCCGUACUGGAAGAGUCAGAGAGUGGCACGUUUGUGGCCAACUUGACAAAGGACCUGGGGCUUAGAAUGGGAGAGCUGGCGGCACGGGGCGCCCGGGUUGUUUUCAAGGGGAACAGACAGCUUCUGCAGCUUGACCCGCAGACCCAUGAUUUGCUGCUAAACGAGAAACUGGACCGGGAGGAGCUGUGUGGCUCCGCUGAGCCCUGCGUGCUGCCUUUCCAAGUGCUGCUGGAGAACCCUCUGCAGUUUUUUCAGGCUGCCUUGCGGGUCAGAGAUAUAAAUGACCACGCCCCGGAGUUCCCUGCCAGAGAAAUGGUCCUGAAAAUAUCAGAAAUUACUGUGCCAGGAAAGGUAUUCCCUUUGAAAAUGGCACAGGAUUUAGACAGCGGCAGCAACGGCCUCCAGAGCUACACCAUCAGCUCCAAUGCUCACUUCCACGUUGUCACCCGCAAUCGCAGUGACGGCAGGAGGUUCCCCGAGCUGGUGCUAGACAAAGCGUUGGACCGUGAGGAACAGCCCCAGCUCGGACUGACCCUCACGGCGCUGGAUGGUGGAUCUCCACCCCGGUCAGGGACCACGAAGAUCAAGGUACUGGUGUUGGACAUCAAUGACAACACCCCGCAGUUCGCUCAGGAGCGCUAUGAGGCACAGGUGCCUGAGAACAGCCCCCUGGGCUCUCGCGUUAUUGCUGUUUCAGCGAGGGAUUCGGAUGCAGGACCCUUUGGGGAGGUGUCUUAUGCGCUAUUUCAGGUAGAUGACGUCAACCAACCCUUUGAAAUAAACGAAAUCACAGGAGAAGUUCGGCUGAGACAGACUUUGGAUUUUGAGGAAUCUCGAAUUCAUCAUGUGGAUAUUGAGGCCACAGACGGUGGGGGCCUGACAGGGAAAUGCUCCUUAAUCGUCAAAGUCCUGGAUGUGAAUGACAACGCCCCCGAGCUGACCCUGUCCUCACUCACCAGCCCCAUCCCUGAAAAUUCGCCAGAGGUCAUAGUGGCAGUGUUCAGUGUUUCAGACGCAGACUCCGGACACAACCAAGACGUCGUUUGUUCUAUAGAUGAUAAUCUCCCCUUCCUCCUAAAGCCAUCCGUGGAGAACUUCUACACCCUGGUAACCGAUGGAGCGCUGGACAGGGAGGCCAGGGCCGAGUACAACAUCACCAUCACCGUGUCCGACCUGGGCACGCCCAGGCUGACGACCCGGCACCACGUCGCGGUGCAGGUGUCCGACGUGAACGACAACGCCCCAGUCUUCAGCCAGGCCGCCUACACCCUGCUGGUGCGCGAGAACAACAGCCCCGGGCUGCUCAUCGGCUCCGUGAGCGCCAGCGACAGGGACGCGGGCGCCAACGCGCAGCUCACCUACUCGCUGCUGCCGCCGCCGCCCCAGCAGGAACCGCAGCCGCAGCCGCCCCAGCCGCCGCAGCCCGACGUGGCGGCGCUCGUGUCAGUGCACGCGGACAGCGGGCAGCUGUACGCGCUGCGCGCGCUCGACUACGAGGCCCUGCGCGCCUUCGAGUUCGGCGUGCGCGCCGCCGACCGCGGCUCCCCGGCGCUGAGCAGCGAGGCGCGCGUGCGCGUGCAGCUGCUGGACGCCAACGACCACGCGCCGGCCGUGCUGUACCCGCCGGCCAACGGCUCGGCCGCCUGCCCCGAGCUGGUGCCGCGCGCGGCCGACGCGGGCUACCUGGUGAGCAAGGUGGUGGCGGUGGACGGCGACGCGGGCCAGAACGCCUGGCUGUCGUUCGAGCUGCUCAAGGCCACGGAGCCCGGGCUGUUCGGCGUGUGGGCGCACAGCGGCGAGGUGCGCACGGCGCGGCCGCUGAGCGAGCGCGACGCGGCCCGGCAGCGGCUGCUGGUGCUGGUGCGGGACCACGGCGAGCCGCCGCUGUCGGCCAGCGUGACGCUGCACGUGCUGCUGGUGGACGGCUUCUCGCAGCCCUACGUGGCGCUGCCCGACGCGGCGGCGGCGGCCGAGCCGGCGCGGCCCGACUGGCUCACGGUGCAGCUGGUGGUGGCGCUGGCGGCGGUGUCGUCGCUCCUGGUGCUGAGUGUGCUGGCGCUGGUGGCGGCGCGGCUGUGCGGCGGGGGCGGGGGCGGGGGCGGGGUGGGUGUCGGGGCGGGGUGUGCGCUUGGCGUUGGCGGCGGCGGCGUUGGCGGCGGCGCGGGUGGGGAGGGCCGCUUCCCGGGGCCGCUGCUGGACGUGAGCGGCGGCGGGACGCUGUCGCACAGCUACCAGUACGAGGUGCGCCUGACGGGCGACGCUGGGACCGGGGAGUUCAAGUUCAUGAAGCCCAUUAGCCCCAACUUCCCUCCGCAGCUCUCUGGGAGCGACGUGGAGGAACGUCUCAGCAUUCGGAACAGCUUCCCAUUCAGUUAAGUAUUCUACUAAACCUUGUCUAGAAACGUCUUUUUAAGUUACUUGUUGAUGCAUGUUAAUUGAUGGUUCUCUGUCUUGCUUAUUUUACUACCAUUUUAGGGUCAAGGUUUUACAAAGAUGCUAGGGGUACACAGUUUUUCUCUAAUUGUAUUUUAUAGUUUUAAAGUACUCCCACUUCUCUGUUUUUGACAACUUAAAAAGCUAACAUUUUUUGCACAAGUUAAAAAAUUUGAAAUUGUCACCUUUUAGGGAAUGUUCCAAAUUGCUUUUUUGAGAGUGUUUUUCUAACAGUUGGCUACAGUUGUUUCAGUACUGCUAUAUUGGAAUAUUCUUAAAAUGCAUUUGAGCUUAAUUUUCCAAUAGAAGUUAACUUGCUGGUAACCUCUCCAUGUGAACAGCACUAAAGAUGGCUAAAGCUCACAGGACCUUUCACAGCUAUAUGUAUAUGGUAGUAGCGUAUAUUUCUAUAAUAUAAACAUUACUGUGAACUUCAUUUGAAAACAUGAUGGUCUUUUGAAGAAACACAAUGUCAAUUGUAACUGUCGAAUAAAUAU